UCCGACGACUCAUGAUCAUUUAAAGAAUCUGCAAGACAUGGUUUCUAAUUGUUUAAGAAUAUAUUUAUUCGUCAUAUUAUCAUGCAUUGCAAUAACUGACGUCUGGUCAUUAAUAGUGAAGAGUUCGCCGAUAGAUUGUAGUGUGACACCAUGGUCUACUUGGAGAUCCAAUGGCAGUUUCGGACAGGAGAUGAGAAUGAGGCGAAUUAUGCGUCAUCCACAAAAUGGCGGAAAACCAUGUCCACACCUAAGUGAGACAAGAGGUACACCCGUUUGUACUUUAUCACCUUGGUCGAAAUGGAGCAAAAACUUUGGGUUUGGACAACAAACACGAUCAAGAACUGUCUUAUCAGGAAUGUCUGGUGCACAAUGCGGAAAACUUGAUGACCUCCGCUACACUGGCAGGAUUCCCACUAUUCAAGAAACAGCAACAAAUGUCAAAGAUUUUUUUCUCCGACCAACUGGUCAAACCAAAAGUACUAUCAACAACAAUCAAACUGAAGAUUUGACAAGAGAUUUGGUACUUAUCUUAGACAGUUCUGGUAGUAUCGGCACUGAUGGUUUUAUUUUAGCAAAAGAGCAACUGAGUACACUUGUCGGUCUACUUUGUCCGAUCGAUCCUUUUAAUAGGAGAGAUUUGUUUCCCUAUCAAUUUAACCAAGCCGCCAUGGUAACGUAUUCGACGCAUGUGACUACAAACUUUUAUUUCAAUACAUUCAAUACCACAGUCAGUGUUCAGAAUGCCAUCAAAAGUGCGACUUAUGAAGGUUCGUCAACAAAUACCAACAAAGCGUUUGAUCGCGCAAGGGUUCUCUUUCAACCUGGUACAGGUGUAAGAGAUGCAGCACGCGCUAAACGAGAGGUACUUAUUCUGACUGACGGACGAUCCAACAAUCAAACGUUAACUCUGGCUGCGGUUGCACAACUCAAACUUGUAGCUGAUAUAUACGGUUUAAUGAUUGGAACCUAUACACAGGCUGGAAAGGAUGAACUCACAAAAUAUGUAUCUAAACCAAUAGAACAGCAUUUAUUUUAUGCUCAGGAUGUCCAACAACUAAAAGAUCUAUUAACAGAUCUUAUUAAUCAGCAGAAGCUGGAAGGUCCAAAUUGGUGUAAAGGUUUUACCAAAAAAUUAAACAAAAAGUUAAACAAAGCUAAACGUAAAAUAAGAAAAAGGUUAAAUAAAUUAAGACGCAAACUCAAACCGAGAAAAAAGGACAGAGGAAAGAACUUGUAA